CUGAACAACCUCUGUCUGGCCUCCCCACAGAUUGAAGACAUCGUUACACGGAUACAAGAUGAGAAAGCAGGUGGCGUCGCCAUCCGGACCGUCAAAAGCUUCCUCUCCAAGAUCCCAAGUGUGGUAUCAGGAGCAGACAUUGUUCAGUGGCUCAUGAAAAACCUCUCCAUCGAGGAUCCAGCUGAAGCCAUCCACCUCGGGAGUCUGAUCGCUGCCCACGGCUACAUCUUCCCCAUCUCAGACCACGUUCUGACACUGAAAGACGACGGGACCCUUUAUCGCUUUCAGUCUCCAUACUUCUGGCCUUCAAAUUGUUGGGAACCCGAGAACACAGACUAUGCCAUUUACCUGUGCAAGCGCACCAUGCAGAAUAAAGCCAGGCUGGAGCUCGCUGACUAUGAAGCUGAGAACCUCGCCCGCCUGCAGAGGGCUUUCGCCAGGAAGUGGGAGUUCAUCUUCAUGCAAGCCGAGGCUCAAGUCAAGAUCGACAGGAAGAAGGACAAGGCAGAGAGGAAGAUCCUUGACAGCCAGGAGAGAGCAUUUUGGGACGUCCACCGGCCAGUGCCAGGCUGUGUCAACACCACAGAGAUGGACAUCCGCAAGUGCCGAAGAGAGAAGAACCCACACAGGGUAAAAAAGUCGGUCUACGGGGUACCAGAUGAUGGCCAGAGCCAGCCGAGUCCCAUCCACAUCAGCUCCCAGACAGCCAGGAAGCCCACCAAAGAGGAUGUUCAGAAGGAGAUUACCUUCUUGAACAUCCAGCUGGACAGACACUGUAUGAAGGUUUCCAAAGUGGCCGACAGUCUGAUGAGCUACACGGAGCAGUUCAUGGAGUAUGACUCCUUUGUGUCGGCCACAGAGCCCUCCAACCCCUGGAUCAGUGACGACACUUCCUUCUGGGACUUGGAGGCAAGUCGUGACCCCAGCCAGCAGCGUGUGAAGAAAUGGGGCUUCUCUCUGGAGGAAGCACUGAAGGAUCCUGCAGGACGAGACCAGUUCCUCAAGUUCCUGGAGUCAGAAUUCAGCUCAGAGAACCUGCGGUUCUGGUUGGCAGUGCAGGAUCUGAAACGCCGGCCGCUCCAGGAAGUGUCGUCCAGAGCUCAGGAGAUCUGGCAGGAGUUUCUGGCCGAAGGAGCACCGAGCUCCAUCAACCUGGACUCUCACAGCUACGAGCGCACCAGCCAGAACCUCAAAGACCCGGGACGAUACAGCUAUGAGGACGCUCAGGAGCACAUAUUCAAGCUAAUGAAAAGUGACAGCUAUGCACGCUUUUUGCGAUCCAACAUCUACCAAGACCUCCUGUUAGCUAGAAAGAAGCAGCCAGCAGACACUGAACAGGGCCGCCGCACCUCCUUGGAGAAGUUCACCCGCAGUGUGGGCAAGUCGUUGACGGGAAAGCGCCUGACAGGCCUGAUGCAGUCCUGACACAGCCUGUGCCGGAGGUGCACAGCCAGACCCUGUUGGGUGGAGGACUGCCUCACAGGGACUGGGGAAGGGGCACAGACAUGGGAGCUGGGCUGGACAGGGCUGCUGCUGAUGUGGAGGCUCUCAGAUGCUGCCCCGAGGACUGCUGCCAUAUUGGUAGCGCAGCACUGGGCCUGCCGGGGUGAACGCCCCACACACUGAAGAAAAAAGACAAUGCCGACAAGGGGAACCUCAGCCAACGCAUCACACGGCAUGCAGCAUACAGUAUAAGCACAUCCAGUCUAGGGCUGCCCCACUCUUCUUCAUCAAUUUCGGUGGCAAAACUGGUUGCUAGGCUUGGCUAAGCUAAUCAGUUUCUAUUCUUCUCAUGUUGUUUUAUAUACACGUGUUCCUUGGAAAUUCAAAGAACAUCUCUGGUGUUGCAACAAUAAUCUUUGAUAAAUUUAAAAGUCAUUUGCCACAACGUUUGCAGUGACGACUAGUGAUUUAGUUCUCCAAAAAUAGCCGGAGCCAGUCCUAGCUCAAAGUCAAAGGCACAUCAACACUAUUUUACAUAUGUCUCUGUACUCACAAGGCAGCCAGCAAUAAAUACAGCGUGAUACCACCUUUUUUCUUUUUUUUUUUUUUUAGAAAUAAAUCCAACCUCUUUUUAUAUCCUUGAAAUUUCUAUUAUAUCUCUAUCUUAUGAAGCACAUGACAUGCCAGUUUAACAGUGAGCACAGUUUUGGCCGUAAUCGAGAACACAAAGCCUGUCUCUCCCAUACGUUCUAUUUAAUGAUGUCUAAAAUGGAUUUUUGAAGGUAUAAUUUUUCAUGCUUCAUUACAUUCCAAAAUCUGGCAUAAGGGCUUAAUGUAGCAUUCACACUGCACCGCUGCAUGUUUCAUCCAAACGUCUUUGUCGAGAAUUAAUGUUUCGUUUCUACAACAGCGCCCUGUAAUGAGACUUGUGGCAAAGAUGAAUUUAUUCCAGUUGGCAAAUCGGUUCACUGCUUUCACAACUUCCAGGCUUCGAGUUCCAAAAUUUACAGGCUGCACAGUCAAAUUCAUCGAUUCCAAAAGUCUGUGUGAAUAACUCAGAUGCUCAUGACUCUCAGACGUGGUUGUGUGAACCAUCGUGAUUGGAGGUUUUACUUUAGUCACAGUUCUAGUGUGCACAGUAACGUGUGAAAUAGCACCCACAUGCUUCAUGGGCUCCUGCUAUAGUGUAGUAUUUAAAGUUUCCAGUGCCAUGGGUCCAUCUAGUGGUGGGUAAACCACAGGACCAGAGUGUAACAAGACUGUAUUCUUCUGUGUUCACAUCAUAUCGAAGGACAUCAUGAUGUCAAAACUAGUUGUUCUCCGAUCAUGGAGAUAUUACAAGGCCUGCUGCCCAAUAUGGGAUCAUUUAUGUUUUGUUGCUUUUUUUUACUGCAUGAAUAUUUCAUCAUUUAUUUACGCAGAACAAUGGAACCUGCCCAAUUUUUGUUGGCAAAAUGUUUUGCCGUGACUCUCCAUCUAAUAAUCGUCCUGUGUUUUGAUGUGGAAAAUGGUGCAUGUUGGACCAUAAUGAAGUGAGGCGAAGAUGGUUGGACUCUCCAAAGACAGCGCACAGACAGGAACAGACCUAAAACUGGAGCAACGCUCCUCAGUGAUAGGACAUCUAAGCUCUGGGACGCAACUGGGGACAAUAUUUGGCCCUGGAUGGGUGCUGCACCCAGAACAUGAAGGCCUCUCUGCUUCACUCUGGCUUCAGCCUUCUUCUACAAACAGAAAGUGCUUGAACUGAGGAGUUUUCAAUCUCACAGCUCCCCCAUGAGGCCAGCGACUGCUACAGUGACAGACUAUGCUGCUGAAUGAGUCAAUCAUCUAUUGUUUUUUUUUGUUUUGUUUUUUAGAGUCAUUGCGAUGCACUGUACAGGUCAUAUUAAUAAUUAUCAUUACUAUCAUAAACCAGUAACCUCUUGAGUAUAAAGUAGAGAGAGAUGCUUAACUCGAGUCGAUGUACCAAAUGUUAUCCUCAGCACAAACACAAUGCCACUAUGUACCGAGUGCAUUGUAAAUGUAAAUUGGCUAAUUUCAUUAUCCAAAAGCACACUUUAUUAUGAUAUGGGCACAUUACUAUGCAUGUAACAUAUUCAGGGCAUUUUGUGCUUUUAGUUUCUCAAUCAGCAAGACAACUACUGGCACUCUAAAACACGCAAGCACCUGCUAUCUAUUCAUGGGUACCAAAUAAUAAAAACUCUGGACCUGUC